AUGGGGACGACCCAGCUGCUCUGUGAGGAGUAUCAGCUCACUUCCCUGACAGCAUCCACAGCGAAAUCUUCCAAUGGAGGCGUGGACAUGAAGCACGAUGGCAUAAUCGAGCGGUUGGAGGAUCUGAGGAAAUACACCAUCGGCGACAAGCGCAAGAAUCCCCUGAGGGAAGCGAGGGAUUUCGUGAGGGGGGAAUUCCCCGACUGGAAGGACGGGUGCCACGUCCUCCCCGUCUUCGCCGGGGAGGCGGAGGGCGACGCGGCGGGGUGGGAGGUGGCGGGCCGGAUACACGAGUGCGCCCUGGGCGAGAAGCAGCCCAUGUUCGUCGUGGCGUAUGCGAGGAACGGCGACGUCGGCGGGGAGAUGGACGUGGUCGUGGUCCAUCGGUUCGUUGGAGCAUGGUGCUUUCGACCCAGCCUCAGCAGGAAAAGCCUUGGCUGGUUGGCACCAGGGAUUCCAGACACCCUGAGCAACACGGCGUCUGACACCCAGACGGACGCCACUCCGGAGCAGCGACAAAACGGGCCGAGCAAGGAGAAGCUGAACGUCCCGGGACCGGCCUUCGCCUCGCCUUAUAUGAGCUCCCUGAUGCAAUGGGUCGUCUGCGAGUCCCAGCCGUGGAUCAGGACCGUGGAGGGCGUGGCCGGCACAGGGAAGACGUGGAUCUUGACCGAAUCUGCGUCGAACAUUUUGGUCGAUGAAACUUUGAGCCGCAGCAAUGACCCGAAGAGACCCAUGCUUGUCCUUUGCUUCAACAGACCUCUUGCUCAGUACCUAGAACAUGAGAUUUUUCGUGCUACGAAGGAGAAAUUGGGAAUGAAAAAUUCCAUGUAUUCCAAUAUCCCGCUGAGUCUGAACAUGACUGUGAAAACCUUCGACGCCUUCAUGGAGUGGAGAGCAGAGGACACGAACAACAAAGAGAAAAUUCAGUUGAAUGGUUCCAUGCAGCAGAAAACCCUGCGCAAGCGCGAAGGGAAUAAGGUUGUAAAAUUUCAUCAUAUAUUCGUGGAUGAGGCCAUGGAU